CGCAUGCGCCCAUACAAUAUUGACGAAAGGUUAGCAAUUUUUAGAUGCUUCUUUUCCAUAACAACUUUUAAGAACUUUUACUUUCAUUUUUCUCCAACACUCCGAUUUUGGCGGUGUUACUUUUGUUAGAUCAACAUGUUGCAAUUCCUGGCUGGCUUCACCAUUGGGAAUGUUGUGGGGAUGUACCUCGCUCAAAACUAUGAUGUUCCCAACAUUGCCAAGAAAAUAGAAAAUUUUAAAAAAGAUGUCGAAGCCAAGAAGAAACCACCAUCAGACUGAGAGAUGUGGGACCACAAACCAAAGAAAAGUUUAUUUAUUGUACAGGGUUUGAUGAGUGUAAAGACUGAUUUAUUAAAGAAAAUGUGUAAGAAUUCACUGCCUGGAGGUACUAAUGGCAAGUUAUUUUUUUCAUAGUGUGGGUACAACUGGAUGCAUAGAUUAUGACUUAUCAGUUCAAGUUCAGUUUUAUGGCACAGCAGGCGUCCUUGUACACUUAUUUAUGGUGCACAAUAAUAUUUUUAUAAGAGUAUUACAAGACUUGAUUGCAAGAAUUUGCCAACUGUUACAACUAUAACUAUGUAAUAACUAUAGUGAAGAUCAGUCUUACAAUAAAGUUGCUGAAAAUGAAUAAAGGUGGGAAUUUAUGCCUUACAAUUUUCCAAAAUGUUAAUCAAUAGCAUUCCAGUGUCUUCCAUGAUGAUGGCAAAUUGGUCCAGUACAAUUACUAAACCCAUUUUUCUGUACAUCUCACUGACAAUAAAAUCCUACUUUUUAUUCUUC